AUGUUUACUCUAAUCAGUGCGACUCCAUCUCCUUAUGCUCGCAAAGUCCGCAUAGCACUCGCCGAGAAACACAUACCUUUUACUCUCCAGACGGAAGUUCCUUGGGAUUCCACGACCAAGACACCACAAUACAAUCCACUCGAAAAACUUCCAGUCUUGAUCCUCGAGGAUGGAAAAUCAGCAGUCUACGAGUCUAGCUAUAUUCUCGAAUGGCUAGAGGCAAAAUAUCCAGACACGCCCCUUCUCCCUAGCAUUGAUCAAGUCGAUGCCAGAUUGUUUGCCAAAAGAAUUGAGGUCGUCGUCGAUGGCGUAUGUGAUGCCCUGGUACUUGCCUUUUUUGAAAGGAUGAGGGAAUCUGAAAAGCAGUCGCAACCAUGGAUCGACAGACAGAUGAGAAAAGUUGAAGGUGGCUUGAAGGCAUUGGGAGAAUGGGCAGAGCAAAAGCAGGGAGACUUUCUCGUUGGAGAUAAACUCGGACUGGCAGAUAUUGCUGUCGGUUCUCUUUGCGGCUACCUUGAAUGCAGAUGGCCCAGCCAUGACUGGGCAGACACCUACCCGGCCUUGAAGAGACACUGUCAGAUGCUAGAAGAGCUCCCUAGCUUUCAAGAUACGAGGCCGAGUCCGCAGACCAUGAAGGAUAAGGUGGUUUGA